AUGACCAAAGGCAUCAUGCACGCCAUGCGGCGUCUCAACGAACAAGAGGAUACCCUGACUCAGGCUCUCGACCGCUCUCUGCGACACGUCAAGAUGAAGCAAGCUGCGCUUGCCGAAGCGAAGGCAGCCCACACCCAGCGUGGAGAGGUCUUCAAGGAGAACCUGAAGAAGGUCAAGAAGAGAGCUGCAGAGCUGAAUGAGCUGCUUGGGUGUAGCAAGUUGAUGCAGCAGGACGAUCCAGAGAAACAUAGGAGGUUAUUGAAGCCGGUGAAUCUGCAAGACAUGGACGAUGUCGAAGAGGACGAUGAGAUGGUGGAGAGGAGUGUGGUGAAGAAAAAGGUGGGUGGAAAGGUAUCGAGAGGACAGAGGGAGGCGAGUCAGGCCAGGUUUCUGGAGCAGAUUAAGAAGGGGAGGAUAUCGAAGUUGAACGCUGCGUCGAACCUGCGAGCUCAGAGUCAGACCAGCAAGAUGUUCGACAAGGCGGAUGCUGCGAGGAGGGGGCGGACCAGCAGGAAGAAUGAUACUGUGCCGGAUGAGGAGGACGAUAGCGAUAGCGACACGCCACCAGAGGAACGCAAGGGACGCAAGACUAUCCGUCAACAAUCCACUGGCAGCGAGAUCGAAGUUGCCAGAGUCGAUACCCCAGAAGAUGGGAACGAUGUCGGACCAAGUACUGGAGACGAUCCAAUGCACGGCACAGCAGAUGAUCACCAUGGUGAGAGCCCAGUAUCGCGCCGCGGCACAAGCGCUUCAGGAGGAGGCUUCUUCACUUUCGACAAGUUCCAGCCUAGAUCGCAGUCCGACCGGCGGCCAGCCACCAGUUCGCGCGCUCGAAGCGAUGCACGACGCGACGCGCAGACUCAGGAUCCAGCUCCACAAAAUGAUGAAGCCUAUGAUGUUCCAGGUGACGCGCCAGAGCCAGGCGCUGGCUACCGAAGCGUGAAGGAGCGCGGAGAUGGUGCAGGUCGGUUCUUUGGCGCGGACGAGUUCUCGAAGGCCCUGAGAGAUGGCUUCGAUGACAAUGAUGCCGAAUCGAUUGCCUCUGAUAGCAGCGACGGGCUCUUUGUCAGCGAGCGCGUGCCAACACCCAGCUCUCGUGGUUCAACCCCAGACUACAUGCUGCGUGCAUCGCCGUCGCCAAAGCCGGAAGCGACGCGCUAUGACGAAACGGAGAGUGGCGCGCAUGUGAACGGCGCGGCUUCCUCCUCCUCACUCAAGCGCAUCGCUUCGCGCGAGCGUUUCAGCCCACCACCACCUCAACGACAACCUCAGAACACCUCCACAAUACCACUACCUCACGCGCAACUCCUCGAACACUUUACCAUGGCAUCGCGUGGCGAUAACGACGCACCCACACCACCCGAUAGUGGCAAGCGUACCAGUGGUGAGUACAGCAACUCUGCUGGUGCCGAUCUGCCUGUCCCGUCUAUAGAAGGCGCGGACGGAGACAGCAUCAAGUCGGAAGAUGAGGAUGACGACCUCAUGGACACAGAAGUUGACCGCCCAAAAGGAACAGGUCUCUUCACUUUCGAGAAGUACAUGCCAACUGCACGAGGCGGCGACCAAGGUGAGCCAACACCACGGCCUGCAUACGCCGGCCCCACUUGGCAAGAACGCAUGUAUCGCGUGCAGCAAUCACAAGCCGCGGAACAAGAAGAUGCACAAGAAGAAGACACACUUAACUUGCCGUCAGCACCGCGCAAACCCUCAUUCUUCUCCAACACCAUCAAACACCCCAACAACCGCAGCAGACUUGCAAACAGUAUGACACCCGAAGACAACAUCCGCGCAAAGCGCGGCAUGCCAGCCCCAGGCUACAGCGAUGGUACCGCAGGUAGUCCAGGAGCAGAAGAGGAGUUCGAGGACGGCGAGGGUGUGUCCGAACGUGACGGCACCGAAGAUCCAUCAUCCGACUUCGAGUCCACCCCAAAACCAAGAUCCAAGAAGGCAGCCACCGGCGCCAAGAAAGGAGGUCGCAAAGCACCGCGUCGCGCACCAGGCACCCGCUGCGGCGAUUGUUUCCGCCUCCACCGCAAGUGCACCCACACCGACCCUGCCACAGGUGCCGGCGACGACGAAGACGAGGACAACGCCGACCCAAGAUACCUGGCCAUGAAGGCUAGAAAGCGAGCAGCUGUGCAGGCGGGAGGCUCCAUGCCGCCACCAAAGCGUACUCACUACAACACCUACGGACCAGACCCUGAGCCGCUCAAGGCAAUGCCGAAGAGGAAUGGAGGUGUUGCGAGUGGCCUGACGUUCGACAUUGGUGCGACUAUUGCUGGCAAGGUCUUGGGUGAUGCGAGGAAGCGUAAGGAGUCGUCGGAGGAGGGUACACCGGAGAAGGAGGGUACACCGGGCAAGAAGAACGGAAACGAGGGAAACGAUGAUGGCGAGGAGAGAGGUGAAGAUGACGAGGAUGAGGAGUAA